AACAUUCUGACUUUAAAUCCCCGAAAACAGACGCAUGCAACUCUUCAUUCAACUGCAGCAAAGAAACAAGUCAAGAAGCAAUGGAAAAGGAAUUCUGACAAAAGCUGUCCGAACUGUGAGAAACUAGAAAAUAAUUUUGAUGACAUCAAGCACACGACUCUUAGUGAGCGAGGAGCACUUCGAGAAGCAAUGAGAUGCUUAAAGUGUGCAGAUGCCCCCUGUCAGAAGAGUUGCCCAACUAAUCUGGACAUCAAGUCAUUCAUCACAAGUAUUGCAAACAAG